UCACAAUGCCACGUCGGGGUCGUACCGCUUCUCCGCCACCAGCAGCUCGCAGGGCGCCCAUGGCAGCUGCACCAGCACCGGCACCAAAGCAGCCCGUUGUGCAGCAGGCAGCACCGACCGCCGUUGCCCCACCGAUGGCCGCUCCAUCGCAGGGCCCCGGGCUGAUGGCUCAAAUGGCCGCAACGGCCGGCGGUGUUGCCAUCGGCUCUGCAGUGGGCCACACCGUUGGGCACGCGCUGACGGGCAUGUUUUCGGGAUCGGAUUCGAAGGAACCAGCGCCGGUGGCAGCCGCCCCACAACAGUACGCACCCGCGCCCGCCCCCCAUCAAGCCGGCGAGACAGGUCCGUGCGCAUGGGAGAUGAAACAGUUCCUAUCCUGUGCGCAGAACCAAUCCGAUCUGACGCUGUGCGAGGGCUUUAACGAGGCAUUACGCCAGUGCAAGGUGCAGCACCACAUGUAA